AUGAAACGAUUGCAGCUGAAUGUAUUAGGUCUGUUCGAAGUUAGAUGGACAGGAGCUGCAUCCUUCGCAACAGGUGACUAUACCUUAGUCUACUCUGGAGGAGAUCAACAUGAGAGAGGAGUAGGCAUGCUUUUGGACAAACAAACAUCUAAAAGCAUAAAAGGCUACUGGGCGGUCUCGGACAGAGUACUUCUUAUAAAGCUCUACGGUAGACCUUUCAAUAUUUCCAUCAUUCCAGCAUAUGCGCCAACAUCUACUUAUGAUGACGAUGCAAUCACGGAUUUCUAUGAAGACUUAGACAAAGCAUACAAACAAUGUAACUCUAAUGGGAUCGUCUAUGUGAUGGGUGACUUCAAUACGAAAGUGGGAAACGGAAGAAUUGGCAACACAGUAGGACCUUUUGGUCUAGGAGCCAAAAAUAAGAGAGGUGAUAAUCACAUAAUCUCGUCAUCAUUAAUACAUGGUUCAAGAACCUCCCACGUAGAUUAUGGACAUGGAAAAGCCCUGGAGACCGUACGAGAAAUCAAAUAG